AUGGUGGUGGUGGGGAGUGCUGGAGGUUUCUCCGCGCUGACACGGAAGAACGGCAUCAAGGUGGGUGCCGGUUCUCCGUGCAGCGUGGAGGAAGUGUGUUUGGCUGUGGGGGAGGUUAUUGGACAUGAGUCCAUCAAGUCGGCAGCUCGCAUGAGUGGAGCUGUCGUUCUGUUUGUGGAGAGAGUGGAAGCAGGCAUCGCUGUCAAUGGGUUGUUUCUGCAAGUUUCCCCUUUGACACUGCCUGCAACCAGAGUCACACUGUCUAACGUCCCUCUGUUCAUCAGUGACGAGUUCCUGAUCAGAGAGUUGUCAAGACAUCGUAAGGUUGUUUCACCGAUUAAGAAGGUGAUGUCUGGGUGUAAAUCACCGUUGUUAAAACAUGUUGUCUCCCAUAGGAGGCAACUGUUCAUGCUUCUGAACAAGCAAGAUGAGGAACUCAACCUACGCUUUCAUGUUAGACUGGAUGGAUUUGACUACAUGCUUUUUGCAACCUCCUCUAACAUGAAAUGCUUUGGUUGUGGACAGGAGGGACACGUAAUUAAAGUGUGCCCUGAUGGGGCAGGGCGGUGGCCCGCUGCUGCUGAGCAGAUGGGGCCCCCGGCUAGUGUGGCUGCUGCUGCGGGGGGAACCCGCUGCGGCGAAGGAGCCCGCUGUUGCUGCGGGGAACCCACUGCUUAUGCGCCAGAGGAGUCCGCUGCUGCUGCGGCGGAGGAGCCCGCUGCUGUUGCGGCGGAGGAGCCCGCUGCUGCGGCGGAGGGGCCCGCUGCUGCUGCUGCGGCGGGGGGUGCCGCAGUGGUGUCGGAGGGACCUGCGGCGGCUGAGGAGGAGCCAAUGGUGGAGGAGCCUGCUCCAGAAGAACCGCUGGUGUGUGGAGCGAGGCUGGACGUCCACGACGGCUCCGUGCCUGGCCUUCCCGAGACGCUGUCCAGGUCGGGAGCGGUGACCCUGAGGCAUCUGGUGCGAGUCGCCGGACCGGAUUUCUCGGGUGUCGAGGAGGUCCGCUCGCUGCUGGGGGUCCGGUCCGCCAGAUGGGUGCGGCGCUUUCUGGAGCGUCUGAAAGAGCAGAUGACUGCUGGGGAGAGACGGCUCCUACAGCUGCACGCCACCGGAAAGCGCCCGCCUGACACGAGCGACCCGUUCCCGGAUGUGUACAUGUAUCCGGACUUUGAGGAGGACAGCGGACCCCUACUACAAAGUCAGAGGAUGGAUCUGUGCAAGACGGACCCAAAAACAUUGUACAGAACUUGCACUAAAGUUCUAAACAAGAGAACUCUCCAUAACAGGGCAACACGUGUUUGGACAGACAAGUUCAGAGGACAAAAACCUCAGUGGAGGACUUUGUACAAGCCUCCCAUUAAAAAACGGACUGGUGAUCUUCAAUGGAGAAUACUGCAUUGCGCCAUUGCUUCAAACGCAUUUUUAUCUGUCAUCAGUCCUGAGGUUUUAAAUAAAUGUCCUUUUUGCAGUUUGCCUGAGAGUGUGUUUCACGUUUUUAUGGAUUGUGUACAACUGACUGGUUUUUUCAAUUUUUUAAUGAAUGUUUUUAGCCUUUUUAGUGUGGUUUUUACCCAUUCUCUUUUUAUCAAUGGUGUACAUUAUAACCGAGCCACUGCCUUCAAAUCCAGAAUUUUAAAUUAUUUAAUCUCUGAAGCCAAAAUGGCCAUUUAUCUGACACGACGAGAUAAACUGCAGGAAGGACCUCAGCUUGAUGCGGUGGCUCUGUGGAAGUGUAACAUCAAAGCCAGGUUGAGGCUGGAGUUCUGCUUCCACAGAGCCACUGGGGAUUUAAAGGGUUUUAUACAACUGUGGGGUUUUAAUAAUGUGUUGUGCACCAUUUCUGAGCCAGGAGAGCUGAAAUAUAACAAGCUGCUUUUAUAAUAAUGUCCUGAUG